GAACUCGAACAUAACCCCGCGGCUGAAUUUCCCUCUUCAGUUCACUUCACGUACUGCGGGAGAAAGGCGAACAGCGGCGGAACUCCGGCAGCGACGGUGUGGGUGUUUUCGGCCGGUUGCUUGACUCACUUGGGUGACGGUAGGCUGCUUUUCUGCGGAAUACAUCUUGAUUGAAUACAAGCCAGAGGUAGCAGUAGCACUAACGGUAGAAAAGAGAAAGGCGAAAUGGGAACUUCUGUGCAGGUCACGCCACUUUGUGGAGUGUACAAUGAGAACCCACUAUCUUACUUGGUAUCGAUUGACAACUUCAAUUUCUUGGUUGAUUGUGGUUGGAAUGAUCACUUUGAUCCCUCACUUCUUGAACCCCUCUCCAGGGUAGCUUCAAAGAUAGAUGCAGUUUUGUUGUCAUAUCCGGAUACACUUCACCUGGGUGCAUUGCCAUAUGCCAUGAGUCAUCUUGGACUCUCAGCUCCUAUUUACUCAACAGAACCAGUUUUUAGAUUAGGCUUGCUCACUAUGUAUGAUCAAUAUCUAUCACGCAAGGCUGUUUCGGACUUUGAUCUGUUUACGCUCGAUGAUGUUGAUUCUGCUUUCCUUUCAAUUACCAGGCUUACCUAUUCACAGAAUCAUCACCUCUCUGGCAAGGGGGAAGGGAUUGUUAUUGCACCUCAUGUGGCUGGUCAUCUUCUCGGAGGUACUGUUUGGAAGAUAACAAAGGAUGGAGAAGAUGUUAUCUAUGCUGUUGACUUCAACCAUCGUAAAGAACGGCAUCUGAAUGGAAUAGUUGCAGAGUCUUUUGUCCGUCCUGCUGUUCUAAUAACUGAAGCUUAUAAUGCUUUGAGUAAUCAACCUCCUAGACAAAAAAGAGACAGAGAAUUUUUAGAUGGAAUUGUGAGGACAUUAGAAGGAGGUGGCAAUGUAUUACUUCCUGUUGACACUGCUGGACGAGCUUUGGAACUUAUACUCAUUCUGGAAGAGUUCUGGGCACAGCGCAAUUUAGGAUAUGACAUAUUCUUUCUUACAUAUGUUGCAUCAAGCACUAUCGACUAUGUAAAGAGUUUCUUGGAGUGGAUGGGUGACUCCAUCGCAAAAUCGUUUGAAACUUCACGUAAUAAUGCUUUUCAGUUGAAGCGUGUGAAACUUCUAAUCAACAAGAUGGAUCUUGAUAAUGCUCCAAUUGGUCCAAAGGUCGUUCUGGCAUCAAUGGCAAGCUUGGAGGCAGGAUUUUCCCAUGAUAUAUUUGUUGAAUGGGCGUCUGAUGUCAGGAACCUUGUGCUUUUCACAGAAAGAGGACAGUUUGGCACGUUGGCUCGAAUGCUCCAGGCAGAUCCACCUCCAAAGGCUGUAAAAGUCACAAUGUCAAAGAGGGUUCCCUUAGUUGGUGAUGAAUUAGUUGCUUAUGAAGAAGAACAGAAGAGACUGAAAAAGGAAGAGGAGCUGAAAGCUAGCCUCUUGAAACAGGAGGAAGCAAGAGCUUCUUAUGGGCCGGAUAAUACUAGUGAUCCAAUGGUCAUUGAUACAACCAAUUCACAUGCUCCUCCAGAUGUGGCUGGUUCUCGUGGAGGUGGAUAUCGGGACAUACUGAUUGAUGGAUUCGUUCCACCAUCCACCAGUGUGGCGCCAAUGUUCCCAUUCUACGAAAAUAACACGGAAUGGGAUGAUUUUGGUGAAGUAGUUAAUCCUGAUGAUUAUGUAAUUAAAGACGAAGACAUGAACCAAACAACUUUACAUGUUGGUGGAGACAUUGAUGGAAAACUUGAUGAAGCUGCUGCUAGUUUUAUUCUGGAUACGAAGCCUUCAAAAGUUGUGUCGAAUGAAUUGACGGUUCAAGUUAAGUGCUCACUAAUAUAUAUGGACUUCGAAGGACGGUCUGAUGGACGCUCAAUUAAAUCAAUCAUUGCUCGUGUGGCUCCUCUGAAACUUGUGUUGGUGCACGGAUCAGCUGAGGCGACCGAGCAUCUGAAGCAGCACUGCUUAAACCAUGUUUGUGCUCAUGUUUAUGCUCCACAAAUUGAAGAGACAGUUGAUGUAACCUCAGAUCUGUGCGCGUAUAAGGUGCAACUCUCAGAACAGCUUAUGAGUAAUGUUCUCUUCAAGAAGUUGGGAGAAUAUGAAGUAGCUUGGAUCGAUGCUGUAGCAGGGAAGACUGAGAAUCAUGACAUGCUCACUUUAUUACCUACCGUAUCAAAACCACCUCCACCACACAAAUCAGUUCUUGUUGGUGAUCUCAAAAUGGCUGAUCUCAAGCAAUUCCUUGCUAGCAAGGGAGUUCAGGUGGAAUUUGCUGGUGGAGGGGCAUUGCGAUGUGGGGAAUAUGUCACCCUGCGCAAAGUUGGUGUCGCCAGCCAAAAGGGCGGUGGUUCCGGGAUACAGCAGAUUGUGAUAGAAGGUCCCUUAUGUGAGGAUUACUACAAGAUUCGAGAGUACCUGUAUUCACAGUUCUAUCUACUUUAGGUAGAUUCGGAUUGGGACUCCUAGUGUAUCCCGAUGUUAUGCCUUCUGUUUCACUCUUUGAGAAUUUACUUUUAUCCGAAUUGAGGACACAGUCUGCUCUAGUUUUCAUCAGAAAUACAAAAUGUGGGAACACCUGAGAACUUGGAUCCAACUCUUUACCAGGAGUAGAUUACAGGCGUUAAACCCAAAACUCCACCCUUUUUGUUAUCUUUCGAACAUUGGGUACAUUUUGCCAAACAUUAACCGAGACAGCAAUGGAAGAUUACGAAACACAAUUGCCAACCUCAUGCCUUAACUGAGAUUAUCUCAAGUAUUCAUCACACAAAAAGACACACAGAGGUUAUCUAUUAUAAGCAUGUUCAAUGUCCAGAGGAGCCCAUUUUCAGCAAUAAAGAACCCUAAUGAAAGCAAGGUAGACUAUGGAUCAGAACACUUCAAGCACUCGAAGUCGGUAUAACGGUAUAAGCAUAUAUUCAAGAUUUUACUCCAAAUGCAAAAUCCAUUUUGCGCCCAUCAUGACAGCUCCCCAAACAGUGACGCAAUUAAUCCAAGUUCAUCCUCUUAUCAGCUAGCUAACAAUCUCAUCAUCAAAAGCCAGUCACCACUCACCAUAGAAGUUACAAAGGAGCAAGAUUAUAAGCAAGCACAAACCUGCAUGAAGUUGUAGCGCUCUCUUCCAAUGGACUCGUUCUCAGCAACAGCAAAGUAAGCCAGCAUUGGGUAGUGGCCAACAUAAGAAGCAUAGCUAUCUCGCUGAAUGUUCACCGCCCACUCGAAUCUGUUCAUAUCGGCAUGGCCGGUGCCGACGUACUUGGCCUGGAGAUGUUCGAGCUGGGAGUUGAUGUUAAACCUAUCGCUGGCCUGCAAUUUCGCUGGAUUGGAACCUACGGAAGAACAACGCGCGAAGAGCUGGGAGAAGAAACAGAGAAGGAUUAGAUUUAGGGGUUAUGAUUUUGUCAGUUUGCCGACGACCCGACGUUGCUUUCUCUUUUAGACCGGAUCACGGACUACGGUCCAACCUAAACCGGUCAGCC